ACCUGUUAAAAUUGAUAAGACUGAGGUGAGGGUGCCUAUCAUUUUUGAUAGAGAAUGAAAUAAUAAAAUAGAAAUAUUGCUGAAUCCGGUAGAGGUAGUUUCUCUCAGCUAAGUGGCUUAGAGUUGGAGAAUAUCCUGGGUUUCUCAAAGGGCUUGGCAGAGAGGUGAAGAUGGCAAGACUUGUAAAGAGUUUCCUGCAAUCCAUGUUGAAAUUGGUGAAUUUGGUUAUGGGAAUGGUUGGAGUGACCAUAAUUCUGUAUGGCUUGUGGAUGAUGAGAGUUUGGCAGAGGGACAUGCAGGGGACCUCCUCUGAUAGUUUUGAACCACCCCAUUUUCCAUGGUUUAUAUGGGCUUCUAUCAUCACUGGCAUCAGUUUUUGUGUGAUAACAUCCAUAGGUCACAUUGCUGCAGACACUGUAAAUGGUCAUUGCCUCUCUUGUUAUAUGGUGAUUCUCGUUUCGCUUCUCCUGCUGGAAACAGCGCUUGCAGCAGAUAUAUUCCUAAAUUCAGAUUGGGAGAAGGACUUACCCGAGGAUCCAACAGGGAGGUUUGAUGAUUUCAAAGAUUUUGUGAACUCAAAUAUUGAGAUGUUCCAAUGGAUAGGCUUGCUGAUUGUUUUAGCACAGGGCAUUUCCAUCUUACUGGCCAUGGUGCUAAGAACUACUGAGCGAGGACAAGCAUCCAACUAUGACAGUGAUGAUGCCUACACAACAGCCAGGAACCCCCUAUUGAACGGGCCUGUUCAGCCACUUCCUUAUGUUGCUAAUGAUGCCUGGACCGUGGGUCAUGAUAGUAUGAAAAAGUGAGGAGAUUUUGCAUCAAAUGUGGAAGAAACAAGAAGGAAAAAACAUGGGACUAAUCAGUUUGGCAGUGGUGGCAUCAGCUUUCCUUAGUGGGACUUCAAUGUUGAAGUGGUGGUGUGCAUGGGUUUCAUUGUGGUUGAAGUGGAAAUGGUGUAAAGAUUACAUAAAUGGUUUAAGGACUUUUUGUUGUAGAACAAAUACCAGAGACUAAAAAUUUCAUAAUUGUCUGGGUUUGUUUUUUUUU